CUCGAGUUUUCUUGCUUAAUUCCCUUUUUUUGGCAGGAGCAGCUCUCCAGGUGGAGGAGGUUGAGCAGGGUGGAGGUGCCCAUAAACCCGGAGAGGCGGGAGUGCUGGGGCAGGGAUGGCAUCAGCUGGGAAGAGGCAGCAGCGGAGGAAGAGGAGGGAGGCUGGGCAGACCAUGGAGGUAGAUGCUCAGGAAAAGGAAGAUUCUGUUAAAAGCCCAGACUGCAUGGAAAGACUGGCACGAAAAUACAUGCAGAAGUGCACAGUGGAGUCAAGCACAGAGUCUGAGUCUGAAUCCAGGGCAGAGGUUGUGCCUAACCCACUUGCUGGAGGACCCAAAAAAGCAAAGGAAACCAGAGGACUACAAGUAGGUUUUGGGUAUUACACAGUUCUUGGUGUAGCAUCCAAAAACUAAAAUAGAGGUAGGAGUGUGUGGAUAGAAAAGCUUCCACAAUAAGUCUGUGACUUAGGUUGAAAGGGAUU